AAAUAAAUAAAACAAAUCAUCGUUAAUUUUUAGGCCUUUUUACUCAUCAAUCCAGCUAGCCUUUCUAACCUCUGCCACCAGAAAAACAAAGAAUAGACAGAUUCAUUCAUUAGAAGAAGAAGACAACACAAUCCAUAUUCUCUUACCCAAUCGUCGUUUCGAUUUUGCAGAUCUCGUCUCCUUGUCGAUUUAUUCGUAGAGAUGGAAAGUUCGAAGGGGUCUCAGAAUCUUAGAAAUCUCCCAUGCGCUGGGAAGCAGGCUUUACUUCCUCCGAAAAGUCCGUUUACUGGUGGC